AUGCUAUUAUUUUUUAUUCAUUUUGUUCUAUUUUUUCACUUCUGUUCUUACGAUUUUUUAUUUCCAUAUUUUCAUUUUUUUCGUUCUUUCUAUCUUCUUUCUUUCUUUUCUUUUCUUUUUUAUUUCGUUCUUUUUCUUUCUUUCUUUUAUCUAUUUUCCAUUCUCUUCUUUCUAUCUUCUUUCUUUCUUUUCUUUUCGUUUCUUUCUUUUCUUUUUCUUUCUUUCUUUUAUCUAUUUUCCAUUCUCUUCUUUCUAUCUUCUUUCUUUCUUUUCUUUUCGUUUCUUUCUUUUCUUUUUCUUUCUUUCUUUUAUCUAUUUUCCAUUCUCUUCUUUCUAUCUUCUUUCUUUCUUUUCUUUUCGUUUCUUUCUUUUCUUUUUCUUUUUUUCUUUUAUCUAUUUUCCAUUCUCUUCUUUCUAUCUUCUUUCUUUCUUUUCUUUUCGUUUCUUUCUUUUCUUUUUCUUUCUUUCUUUUAUCUAUUUUCCAUUCUCUUUUUUUGUUCAUUAUUUUUCUUUUUCAUUUAUUAA